CAUAAUAACGCAGAUGAUGGUCUAAAUGAAAUUUAUAUUAGUUCUAAUAUGACUUUGAAAACCGAAGAGAAUAUAAUUGGUACUCAAAAUGAUGAUAGUCCAGAUGAAGUUCUGAAUGAAAUGCAUAUUUAUUCUAAUGAAUUAAUUGAUCCUGAUGAUCCAGUUAAUGUAUUACCUGUAUAUCAAUUGGAACGUAGAGAAAAAAUUAAGCGAGGACCAUUUCAACCAAAAUUAAAAUGCUACCCUAAAGUUCAGUUUGGAAAAUCAUAUAGAAGCUUCAAAAAAGAUUGGUUUCAAGAAUUUAGUUGGUUAGAAUACAGUGUAAAAUUAAACAAGGCAUUUUGUUUUACUUGCCGCAUGUUUAAUCACUCUUCAGGAAUAAAUGUUGGACACUCGGAAGAGGCUUAUACAAAAAUUGGGUUUGGUAAUUGGAAAGCCGCAUUAGAAAAAUUUAGAGCCCAUCAAUGUUCAAAAGUUCACUUAAAUAGUACUACAUCACUGGCUAAUUUUAUAAAUUCAAAGCCAAUAGAUAUUGUUUUAGAUGACAAUAGAGAGAUUGCAUUGUCCCAGAAAGAACAACAAAAAUUAAAAAAUAGAGAAGUUUUGAAGCGUUUAAUAGAUGUUACCCUUUGUCUUGGAAUUGGAGGACGACCAUUUCGUGGUCAUGACGAAAGAGAUAAUAGUUACCAUAAAGGUUUAUUUAAAGACAUUAUUGCUCUUUUAACCAAAUAUGACCCUGUUCUUAAAACACAUAUGGAAAGUGGGCCACGCAAUGCUACUUAUUGUAGUAACCUUAUUCAAAAUGAUCUUAUCCAGUCUAUUAGUCAUGUAAUAAGAAGACAAUUUAAAGAUAAAAUAAAUAAUGAAAAAGUAUCAAUUAUUGCCGAUGAGACGAGCGAUAUUGGUCACCAUGAACAGUUAUCAGUUGUUAUAAGAUAUUUUGAUAAAAUUAUAAAUUGCCCUGUUGAACACUUUGUUUGUAUGAAAAGAGUAUUAUCAGUUGAUGCUCAGAGUAUUUUUAAUGUAUUAUCUGAUGUUAUUAAAGAGUAUGAUAUUAAAUGGGAAAAUAUUAUUUCCAUGUGUUUUGAUGGAGCUGCAUCUAUGUCAGGAUGUACAUCUGGGGUUCUGGCAAAAUUUUAACAAAAAAAUG